UUCCUCCCCUUCACUCUUUUCCCCCAUCCUAGGAUCCAAUGAUAGCUGGACAAGUCAGUAAGCCCUUGCUGUCAGUGCGGAGUGAAAUGAACACGGAGUUGAGAGGUGAGGACAAGGCUGCUACUUCAGACAGCGAGCUGAAUGAGCCCCUGCUUGCGCCUGUGGAAUCUAAUGACAGCGAGGACACUCCCAGCAAGCUCUUCGGGGCCAGAGGAAACCCAGCACUAUCAGACCCAGGCACUCCUGACCAACACCAAGGCAGUCAGACCCACCUCCCUUUCCCGGUUGGGCCACAGCCACUUCUGACAGCACAACAGUUAGCCUCCGCGGUCGCUGGCGUGAUGCCGGGAGGCACGCCAGCCCUCAACCAGCCUAUCCUCAUCCCCUUCAACAUGGCCGGACAGCUAGGAGGACAACAAGGACUGGUCCUCACACUGCCUGCUGCAAAUCUCACCAACAUCCAAGGGCUGGUAGCAGCAGCUGCAGCCGGAGGCAUUAUGACUCUGCCAUUGCAAAAUCUACAAGCAAAGUUCCAAGAAAACAAGAAAGAGUUGGUCACCCUGCUGGAAGUCCAGAGGGUUAUUCAUGAAGUCAAUCUGCCAGCUGCAGUGAUCUUCGACCAUCCUCCAGCCUUCCUGCCCAGUCCUUCAGCCUAUCUGCUCUUCUAG